ACCAUCUUACUAUGCAUGUUCCGGUGGACCGUGGAGAGAAGAUAAACUUCGCGGUGGCCCACUGGUGAGACGCCAUGGACGAGCGACGCACUGUUACCGGGGCAGAUUCAUCAGCGGCGGCGUCAUCCUCCCCCAAACCGCUUCUUUCUUUAGCAACACCCGCUGUGGAGUCGCGAUCGCCCAGCGAGGCUUUGCUCUUUGCACGCCUACUCUCGUCCGUUGUUGAUCCUGCCUUUGACUUUUCUCCUGUUUGUUGUCUUCUUCCACUUUUCAUCUUCUGCUGUCUUCUUCCUCCAUAUCCAGAUACCCCGUACAUGAGGCCCUUCGAAUUCACCUUGAGCUGCAUUCAUCUCGCAGCGGAUCGGCAUCUCAAUCAUCUAUCGACGACUUUAGUUCUCGAUCUCAUACCACGCCGUUGAUCCCCACACCCGCCGCGACCGGAUCGCCUCCAUUGCAGCGCUUCCAACACCAUCACCAUGCGGUCCCGAGCAUCCGUCAAGCCGUCGCAAUACCCUCCGAUCCCGUUUCAUACCAUUCGUGCGACUGGUCUGAUUUCCACUUUCGUCGUGGGCAUUAUCCUGGCCGUAUUCAUUGUCCAACUGCAUAACAAUAACUACAAACUCCCCUGGGCCUUCUUAAUUGUAAGC